UAAAGUUUUUUUUCAAAUUGUACCGUUUUAAUACAGCCAGCAAGUGGAUUUGAAAUUUAAAUUAUAAUGAUUGAAAUGAUUUUUUACCUAAUUGUUGUUAUUCUUGUGGUGUUGUGGUGUUACUUCAAAUGGAAUAACAGACACGUUGAAAAAUUGGCGGCUAAAAUGCCCGGACCUCCGACGUACCCGAUCAUUGGAACAGGAUUUCAAUUUAUUGGAUCAUCAGAACAGAUCAUAAGUAAAAUAAUUGGUUUGGCUAGAGAAUAUAAUCUAGAGCCAUUUAAAAUAUGGUUAGGACCAUAUUUUGGAGUUGUCAUUUCUAAACCGGAAGACUUACAAAUUGUCUUAAAUAGUUCAAAGGCUCUUCAAAAAGGUCGAAUGUAUGAAUUUUUUAAGAAUUAUGCGGGUGAAGGUUUGUUCACUGCACCAGUGGACAAAUGGCGGAGACAUCGUCGAAUGAUCACUCCCGCUUUUAAUGCCAAACUUUUGGAACAGUUUUUCCCUGUGUUUAACGAAAAAAACCAAAUUCUUAUCAAGAAUGUUAUGAAAGAAUCAAAUAAAACACAAGCGUUCGAUCUCUGGCAAUAUAUUGCACCAACUGCUCUUGAUACUAUUUGUCAAACUACUAUGGGUUACAAUCUUGACAGUCAAUCAAACAAUAAAGAAUGUGAAUUCGGCGAAGCAAUUGUAAUAGGAACAGAUUUAGACGCGAUGAGAAUUUACAAACCAUGGUUAUACCCGGAAAUCUUGUUUUCAAUAUAUUUAAAACUGAGUGGACAGCAAAGUAUCUUCGAAACAGUGAAACGAUUUCCAUUACAAGUAAUCAAGGAAAAGAAAUAUGAAUUUGACCAGAAAAAAAAAACUAUUGCUAAAAAAGACAUAACCGACAUUGGAGAUGAAAACCAAUCAAAACUGUUUUUGGACAUAUUGUUCGAACUGAACCAUGAUGGUGGUAAUCUUUCAGAUUCCGAUAUUAGGGAUGAGGUUUUAACGAUGAUGGCUGGGGGUUUUGAAACCAGCGCUAUCACAGUAUGUUUUUGUCUUUUGAUGAUAGCCAUACAUCAAGAUAUCCAAGAUAAAGUAUACAAUGAAAUUUACGAUAUAUUUGGUGAAAGUGACCAAACGAUAACUAUUGACGACACCUCUAGACUCGUGUACUUAGAACAAGUGAUAAAAGAAACCCUUCGAUUAUACCCAAUAGCACCAGUGCUACUUAGAGAAAUUCAAGAUGAUAUUAAAAUAAUUUCAAGUGAUUACGUAUUGCCAAAAGGAACAACGUGUGCUAUAUUCCCAAUGGCUACACACCAUAGUCCUGAUUUGUACCCAAAUCCUUGGUCUUUUAAUCCUGAAAACUUCAGCCCAGAAAAUAACGCUAAACGUCAUAGAUAUAGCUUUAUUGCUUUCAGUGGUGGUCCAAGAGGUUGCAUAGGAUCUAAAUAUGCCAUGCUUUCGAUGAAAGCCGUUGUGUCAACAUUCUUGCGACAUUUUAGCGUACACACAGAUGUCAAAUUAACAGAUAUUAAGUUAACAUUAGGUUUAUUGAUGAGAAGUGUUCAUGGUUAUCAAGUUACGAUUCGACCAAGAGACAGAAGACCAACUUACAAGCGGGAUCAGAAUCAGCAAGUAUAAUGUGCAAUUAUUGAUUAAUAUAAUGAUUUGUUCAUUUUUGUGUUAGAUAUUAUCAGUUAUAAUAAAUUAGUGUGUGAUGUUUGUUAUUGAAUACAAAAAUAAAAAAUAGUUUUCCUUAAUUAAAACAAUUAAAAUAAAACUUGAAUGCAUUUUAUUUUGAUUGUAAUCGACAUCAUUAAACGGUGUAUACUAUAGUACAAAUAUAUUUUGUAUAUUAUCUCGAACGAUUAUAUUUUUAAUUCCUCGUCACUUAGUGAUCGAAUAAUGUAUUGAGAUUAUUUAAUGUUUGUUUAUGUUUUGAUUUCAUUCCAUCAUAAUACGUAUAGUAUUAUCGAUAUUUUAUGUUUAACGACGUAUUUUGCAAUGACCUUUUUUAUAAUUUGUCAAAAUAAAUAAAUAGAUGCAUUAUGAAAA